AUUGUGAUUUAGGGACUCAAUCUCGCAUAACAAAUUUGAUUUACGAAUUGAGUGACCCUUAAGAGCCCAUCACCUCAGAUACAGACAUCGAGCGCCAUGGAACAUCAUGCACCCCAUCCAUCGGCGGCGUUUGAAGGUCACUAUAGCAAGUUCGACCUGCCAUCCGGAGCACACUUGGCGUUAAUAAUAUGCGAAGUGCGUGGUGCGAAAAGAAGGCCAUAUAUGGUAUCUUUUACCUACGUGCCGCAAGACUCUGCCACAUCGGAGAUAUACCAGAAGGAAGUGUGGGUUGAUAAGAUAGACAUGAAGCGCGAUGCAAAUGGUCAUAGUUUCAAUCUGAACGUUCCGGGUAUGGGCUUCGCUAGAUGGAGCGAAGACGGCUCGACAGAAUAUAGGUUGAAGCAUCCAGAUUUCACAAUAAAAGCCAAAGCCAACCCCGGAACCCCGUGGUCGCCUCGGACGUACACACCAGAGAGUCUGCUUGUCUACCUUCCUUUACCUCUGCACUGGCAUGUGCAAUCUUUGGCUUCUAAAUGCGCUCUCGAUUUGCAAAUACCGGAAUACGAUCUUCCUUCCGUAGACAGAUCAGGAACGGCCAUGCUCCACGAAGAAAAGAAUUGGGCUAACAGUUUCCCAUCUGCGCACAUGUGGCUUCAAGCGCGCAAUGGAGACAGGGGCUUCUGCUGCGUUGGAGGCCAGAUUCUGGGUAUGGAAGCUUUCCUCCUCGGUUAUCGAAGCAAAAAUCUCAACGUCGACUUUCGACCUCCGUUUGCAGUUCGUCUUGCAGGACUCAGUCCGUUCAUGUCAUACAAGACAGACUGGGAGAAUCGGACAUUCGAGCUCAGUGUGCAAAGCUUCCGUCAGAAGCUCACAGUGAAGGCCUCCGCACCAAAGGGCACUUUCUUCUCACUGAGCUCGCCGUUUCCAGACGGCCAUCGAGAAAACUUCCUGGGCCAGAGCUUUCAGGCCACGUUUGAGGUGAAGCUCUAUGAAAGCGGUUGGUUCGGCCCUUGGCAGUUGAUACGGGAGGAUAAGUUUGCAGCCGCCAGCUUAGAAUUUGGCGGAGGUUAUUAUCCACCAGCCGGAAGCGAGCAGCGCUCACACUGAUUGUUCAUGCAAACUCCCUGCGUGUUCUCGCAGAUCCAGCGAAUGGAUGAGCGGUGAGACUGGAACGAAAAUCUGAGGGUCGAUUCAAUAGAAGAUUUCGACAUUGGCCGAAGACCUACCCAAGAUUCCGUAGUUCGACUGCAUAGCUCUUCCUUGGUUCCAAUAGCUCGCACCACCCCACAAGCUGGGCCAGAAGUUCAUCUGAACAACUCUCAGUCAACAGUUGAAUGGUGAAUGAAGAUGACUAGACAAGCUACCCCACUGAAGGAUAGCUCAAUGACACCCCUGGGUCAUAUCCUGGCCAUAAUCCCACAGCUGCUAAAUCGGGCGUAAGUUACAAUCCUUUGAUUCCACUUGAAAGCCAGGUGCUCAAAUUGGACCAUCAUAUCGCCUAAGCUAAGGCCAAGAAAGCUUAUCUUGACCAAGAAGGAUCAUGACCCUUGUUGUAAUCUGCAUCAGCAUUCACGGAGGCUUCGCGACCAAGUACCCUCAUAC